UCCCACCUCUCCCACAAAAUUCUUUCCCAACAAAUCUCUUUGCCCAAAUUCCACUCUCCGACUGCACCAUGUCCGUCACCAGUCACCUCUCCGGCCACCCAAACAAAAUCUUCCGCAAAUCUCUCCACCGCCGCAAAGAUUCCGACGAACUCGAUGUCUUCGAAGCCGCAAGCUACUUCUCCGGCAGCAACGAACCCUGUAAUUACAACACCGCCACCACUUACGAAACUUCCUUAUUUCACGGCGGCCGUAGAGGGGGAAGAAUGAGCCUCGAUUUACCACUAAGAACCAAUGUCAUUCCUCUCCCACCACCACCGUACACGGCGGAGAAACAAUCAAUCAAAGACCCAAAAAAACACCGGCAACAACCCAGUUCCCCCGGCGGCCGCCUUGCCAAUUUCCUCAAUUCUCUGUUCAAUCAAUCUGGUUCAAAAAAGAAAAAGAAACCAAAAAAUUCCAUCAAAACCGAAGAUCUCCAUCACGAAAUCGGUGCGAGAAAGAGAAGAAGCAGCUUAAGUACGUUGAUUGAUACAAAGUCAUCGUCUAAUAAUUCUUCAAAAGUUUCGGGAUUUAGGACUCCACCGGCUCCUAAUUGCUGCUCCGUUCAAACUCCGAGUAAAAAAUAUAUGGAAAUUAGAAGCUUUUUGGAUCAGAAAAGAGAAGGUAAUUACUACUCCAAGAAGAAUAAUCGGGGAAAUGGGAUUAAUGAAAAAUCAGAGAUGAGAAAAAUGAAUGAUGAAGAUGAAGGGGAUGAGAGUGAUUCAAGUUCUGACCUUUUUGAGCUAAGGAUUUGUGAUCGUUUUGAUUGUUAUUCAUCGAAUGAAUUGCCUGUGUACCGAACCACCAACUUUCAGACCAUCAACAAACUGUAAACUAAUUUCGUCUUUUUCAUUAUCCAUUUUUUCUUAAUAUCAAUUAUUUGCUUUUCAAAAAAUACCCUUUAAAGAAA